CGGAAUUUUCGUAAUAUUCCUGGUGUCUGUCAGUGCUCGGUUCCUGGCUGCAUACCCGGGAGCUUUGCAUCGCGCGCGGGGGCCGGGCAUUCCGCGAGUCUCACCAUGUCCUUGGCGAACAUCAGCACGACCGUCCAGUUCAAUUACCGUCCGUCGAACGAUCUGUUCCUGCGCAAGCUGCCCGCCUCGCGCUCGUUCGACUUCGGCCCGCAGGCGCCCCUCGUUGUCGUCGCUGUGUUCAUUGCGCUGCUCGUCCUCGGCGAGGUGGGGCAGUUCUUGCUCGCACAUCGGCAGCUUUCUACAGGGCAGAGGGGCAACUACGUGAUCUUGCCAUGGCUGUGGUACCUGGGCACACCACAGUUCUUCACGAAGGAGUGCCGGUAUCUUGCCAAGGCGCUGCAAAGAUUCCCCGGAUCGUGGUUCCGGUUCAGAGUUCGGGAGAACGACGUCGUCAUCGUCUCUGGUAGCGAGGCAAGGCAUGUCUUCUUCAACUGCCAGUCGCUUACCUUCCUCGAGGGCUACUUCCUCCUGCAUCCAAACAUGAGGUACCUGCUGCCUGAGGCGUACACGGAUGGAAAGGAUGGCUUCGGCUGGCUGCUGAAGCAGUUUGCGCGCGUAGACGUUCUCCAGCGAUUCCUUGCUCCUACAGUCGCCGAUGCGCAGGGCCUCCUCACCGAGCUUGGGAAAGAAGGGAUCAUGGAUCCCUUCACGGAGGUCGAUCGAGCCGUGUUCAGUGUGGCCAUGCGCAUCGCGGCAGGCAACGAAAUCGCGGACGAACCGGAGAAGCUCAGCGCGGUGCAUCGUGCGCUCUCGUGGUUGCAGAAGAGCUCAACGCCGCACGCGCAUAUCCUCCCGUGGAUCCCGACGCCAGCACGGUUUCGGGGCGUGAUCGGUGCCCUAAAGCUGCACCGGAUGCUGAGCGAGGUUUUCUCGAAGCGCAAGCGGCACUCAGCGAGCAACAACGACGUGCUACAGAGCCUUGUGGAUGAGGACGUCAGCGCGACACAGGCGUCAGUGCUGACAAUCAUGACGAUCCUGGCGGCGCAUACAAACACGAGCGCGAUCCUAUCCUGGCUGAUCAUCACCCUCGUUCAACACCCGACAUGGCUCGCAGCCGUCCGCGCCGAGGUCGACGCUUUCCUAUCCACUCACCACGUUUCAACCCCUUCACACUCGCCUUCGUCCAUUGGCACACCCUGCCCCACAGAUUCCCCGUCCGAUAUCCCGUUCGUCGCGUGGGAGCGCGCGCUCCCGACGCUCGACCUCUGCCUGCAAGAGUGCCUGCGGCUCUACAUGAACGUGCCUUUGAUCCGGCGGAACACCGGCGAAGACAUCGAGGUCGCUGGGCGGACGAUCGCGAGCGGCGACUACGUGAUGUACAUGAUGGAGGACGCGCAUCUCGAUGCGGCGGCGUACCCUGAGCCAAUGCGGUUCGACCCUCUCCGGGAUCGGAGCAGGGCGGGGAAGUCGGGCUUUGUCGCGUGGGGAGCUGGAACUCACCCGUGCACUGGCCAACGCCUUGCGAAGCUCAUCAUUAAGGUCUUCGUCUCGUUGCUUCUGUGGAAUUACGACCUUGAGCUUGUAGAUGCCCGCGGCGAGCUGUUGAAGAAGGCACCGCAGCCGGUGAUGGGGCUGUUCAGCGUGCCUAGACCGGAUGCAGAUGUGCGGGUAAGAUAUAAGGAGAGAGUAUAUGGUGCACGCACCCCGUGA